AUGAUAAACACCCAGGACAGUAGUAUUUUGCCUUUGAGUAACUGUCCCCAGCUCCAGUGCUGCAGGCACAUUGUUCCGGGGCCUCUGUGGUGCUCCGAUGCCCCUCACCCACUGUCGAAGAUCCCCGGUGGGCGAGGGGGCGGCAGGGAUCCUUCUCUCUCAGCUCUAAUAUAUAAGGACGAGAAGCUCACUGUGACCCAGGACCUCCCUGUGAACGAUGGAAAACCUCACAUUGUCCACUUCCAGUAUGAGGUCACUGAGGUGAAAGUCUCUUCCUGGGAUGCAGUCCUGUCCAGCCAGAGCCUGUUUGUAGAAAUCCCAGAUGGAUUAUUAGCUGAUGGGAGCAAAGAAGGAUUGUUAGCACUGCUAGAGUUUGCUGAAGAGAAGAUGAAAGUGAACUACGUCUUCAUCUGCUUCAGGAAGGGCCGGGAAGACAGAGCUCCACUCCUGAAGACCUUCAGCUUCUUGGGCUUUGAGAUUGUGCGUCCAGGCCAUCCCUGUGUUCCCUCUCGGCCAGAUGUGAUGUUCAUGGUUUACCCCCUGGACCAGAACUUGUCCGAUGAGGACUAAUGGUCAGAGGAUGCUUUGCCCAAGAGCCACAGUGGGGGGAGAGGGGAAGUUAGGCAGCCCUGGGACAGAGGAGGGGGCUCCUUGCUGUCUAGGGAAGGACGCUGAGGGGCUCAGGGUGAGGGUUGCCUAUUGUGUUCUCCGAGUUGACUUGUUGAAAUUGUUUUCCAUAAAGAACAGUAUAAACCUAUUAUUCACAUGUAAUCACCAAUAGUAAAUGAAGAUGUUUAUGAACUGGCAUUAGAAGCUUUUUAAACUGCGCUGUGUGAUGUGCUCUAUCUAGCCUAGGGGAGGACAUUGCCUAGACGGGGAGGGACUGUCUGGAUCCAGGGGCAAGGCUUGGGGGGCUGGUGGACGGCACUGUCAGGCUCAGGUUCCCCUGCUGUUGUUGGGCUUUCUUUUUUGGUUUUUAAGACUGUGUAUUUUCUUUCCUUGCUUCCUGUCAACCCAGGACUCCUGAAUAUAGGCUUUUCAGCCCCUGGGCUGUGUCCUUGAGUUUUUCGACACUCUACCUGGGCUCCUCUGUGUGCAUUUGUGUCUGGCCUGGAGAAACCAGGUCUCACCCCCUCCUUCUUUACAGCUUAGUGUUGUUCUGGCAUUUGGUUAAGCUGGCUUAAUCUGUUUAAUGUUAUCAGUGCAUUUCAAAUAGGGGCAUUGAAGUUCACUCCCACCACCAGGGCUUUCUUUGGGGUGCCUGGGCCUUAAAACACUAGCCAAACUCCCAAUUUGCAAAUCAUAGCCAGGAGUUCUUGCUCCUGGCUGUAGGCCCAGGACCCAAGGUGUCUCUUUCUUAGGGUCACAAAGAGCAGAGAGGAAGAGGAAUAAGCAACUCAGGGCCUGGGGGUUGUGUGGGAAUCUGCUCUUAGGGACUGGAUGCCUCUGCCUGGCCGAACAGUGCUGACUGCCCCUCUUCUCAACAGGUUCUGAGUAGUGCCUGAGACCCUGCCCCAUAGGGCUUAGGGGUGGGAUUGGGGGUGUAGAAGUGGCCUGCCCUUUUCUGUUUUCACUGAACAGCUCAUCCUAAGGGGGGAGGAAGGGGGGAGAGAUCUAGAUUGGGUGAGGGGGGUGGGGGUGUCAGGGAGGCAAGUGUGUUGUGUUACUGUGUCAAUAAACUGAUUUAAAGUUGUGGUUGGUCUGUUUUUCAUUCCUGUACCAGGACCAGCUUUCUACCAUUACUCUUUUGAGUCUAGAGCCUAACGUAGCAGGGGUGUGAUACAUGCUUCUCAGGAAAAGCGCUGCAGUGCAUCAGGACAGAUAAACCAGCUGAGGCUUCUGGGGCCACCAAUAUACUGCAAAACACAGUUGCUAGGCGCCUGGGACAAACUGCCAGUACCCCCCUAGAGAGGUAUGUACACAUCUGCUUCAUCCAGAAUAGAGUCUAUACCCAGGAUCCAGGUUGUUCUUAGUGUUUUCCUUUUGUGUAGGAGGCUGGGUCCUGAAACUGGGUUUCGGCUUUUGCAUGGAGAUGCCUGACAUUCCCAUUUCUGGAGGUGUUUGAAGGAAGCAGCACAUACCUUCCCUAGAAAGGUGUGGCUGCCAUUCCCCUUGCACCACCAGCUGGAUGAGUAAGCUCUCAGUGGCACUGUAGGGAGCUAGAUUCCCCCCCACCCCCCUUUGAAAGUAGGCUACACGUGGGGAGCUCGAAUUCAGAACCCUUAGAUCAAGGGUCACAUGCUGUACCGAUUGAGCUAGCCAGGUGUCCCUUGAAUUUUUCAAGCGCUUACUAUCAUUUUUUUCUCUUUUGCUUCUGUUUUCCCAAGUGAUGGACAGGUUUUUCUUCCUAUAGCUUUGGAACUAUCUGCUGUUGAGCUGUGGCUGUCCUUAGUUUUUCUGAGUCUUUGGCCCAUUUUCACAGUGUUCUGUGUGGCACUUGUGUUUUCACACUGGCCAAGUUACUAACUUUGGACUCCACCUGAUAUUCAUAAAAAUGAGCGCAAUACCUCCAUCUUCUACAGUAUUAGGGGAAGGUCUGGGGCUGGAUAUUCAACGGAAAUGGGAAGGACUUAAAUCUGUCCUCCAUGGAUAUAAUCCCUAGAGGCAGCGAAUGAAAAACGGUCACUGCUGUGAGAUACCUACAGCAGAGGUCUGCAUGAAUGCGGACAUUGGCCAAGUUAAUGUAGGCAGUUUAGGAUUAUGUUGAACUCAGACUUGGGGAAUCUACAAGACAGGAAUAAAGAACCAAGAUCAAACGCAGUCCUUCAAACUGAUAGGAAACAAACACAUUGGAGGUUCUGCUGCCAUCUGCUGAUGGACCCCCUUCAAUACAGCUACAGUUAGAAGCGUUGAAUUGGAAACCCAGGCCCUCAGGUAAGCUUUCCUUUUGGAAAAAGAAAUUUUGCUAGAUAGGACCCCUGGCAGGAAAGAAAUAUGGUACCCAAAAGCUGCACUCCAAUCAAAAAAGUAACUUAGAAGGUGUUAAUAUUUUGAGGGGUGAUGGAAUGGGAUAGGGAGGAUAUGUGAAAGGCAAACUAAGUCUAAAUUUAAGAACAGGGACAUUAAAAACUUUAUUCAAUAAAUACAACAAAUAAUUUAAAAAUAUACUUCAAUUCCAAAGCCAAUUAAGAAAAGGAAGUAGAGAGAAAGGGGAAAAAAAGGGGAGCAGGAGAUCAGAGGAAAAGGAGAAAAUUCAAGAGGCAGAACAAUGGUUUGGUUGGGCUGUGUUUGAGAAUAUACCACCCUCUGAAAUUCUGAUCAAAUGCUCUGGACUCAUAAAUCCUUAGCCCUUGUUCUGAUGGGGUAGCCAUAGGAGUCCUCCAGCCAGGAAUGAUUCUCUGGGCUCUGGAUCAGAGCACUCUGGAAGCUGGAAUUGGGGAGGGGGUGGGAAUGUUAGGGGACAGUUUCUCUCUCAUUCCUAAAAACCGUCCGUUCUAACUCCCAGGGAGUUCAAGUAGUGCAAACUCUUAGAGAGCUCCCAGCUGCAUAGUUUUACAGUGAGUGUCCAAAGCCAGGGCCUCCGGGGGGAUAGACCUCAGGGUACUUGAGGGGUCCAAAGCCACUUUGGUGAAUGGGGUCUAAGGGGGAAGACAGGAGAGGCCAGGGCACAGGAUAAAGCCCUGGAUAAGCCAGUGGCCAAGCUGGAAAACACCACUGGGCAAGAAAGGGCUCAAGGGCAGGUAGUCUGGACACUGGAUUCAACAGUUUGCCAUCAGCCAGGGAAGGUGGAGCUGAGGAUGCAUAUGGAGCAGGACCAGGAAGAUCAGGAAAGCUGAGGGAAAACAGAAAAGCAGGGAAGGAGGAGGAGGCAGCUCAGCAGCAAACUCCAAGAGAAAUAACCAGCAGCCCUCACAGAUUUGUGAUUGUCUCUUAAAAAGAUUUAUUUUCUCUUCUUGCCUGAAUGUACAAAGGCAAAAAGAGUACAGUUUGUAUAUAUAUAUAUUUAUAUAUAUAUAUAUAUAAAAAACAAGGAACUUGGUAAUGUACACUUUACAGAAGGGAAGAAUCAGGAAGACUGAAAUUAAAUCCAACAGAGCAACGCCAAUGGAACAAAAGCUAUGAACAGCAACACUGCCCCUCCAGCCCGGGCCUCCAGCUCGCCCCAACCUGCUCCCAAUGGGGGGCUGAGCACCAAGGCAAGCGGGUGGGCUGGGGCAAGAGGGGCUGGGGGCGGGGCCUGGGAGGGGCUUGAUCCCAGGAGGGGCCCAUGGCAGAGGAUCAUCAGAGAGCUUCCUGGGAUGCCCUAGUAGUAAAACAAAUGACAAAGGCCCAGAAUUAUGGGGCCAACUAGCUGCCCAGUUAAAUCACAGGGGCAGGAGAGUAGACAUUGGGAUGGUAACAGGGUACACAGCAUAAUGAGCAACAAGGGUGACCUCAAAGCCCGUGUACAGUAACUCUAGCCCUUCUACAGUCUCACCCUCCCACCCCAAAACCACAUCCUCUCACCCUCCCCUUGGAGCCCGGAGAGAAUAUUCAAGAAUCACCAUUUCAUUUCCUGGGGUGCCUUCUUAACCAUUCUGCCUGUGGUCAUUUGACCUGGAGACGUGUGGAGGGAAUGAGGUAAGAGAAGGGAACUUUGUACAUGUACACAUACAUGUACAGGCAGGGAAGGGGGAUGACGGAAACCGGCACACCUUAAGUGAGGAAGCAGAUGUGAACCCUAAAGAGCAGCUCUCCCAGCCCUGGCUGUCCUAACUGGGGAUGAGGCUCCCUCCCUGUAGGUCCUCUGUGUGGAGCCCCGGUGAACGAGGUUUGUGAAGGGGCAGAGGUGGCUCAUAGAGAGCUUUGGUCUGGUGGUCUUGGUCCCAGCAAGCUAUUCCAGCCUUUGCUCAUGGGGUGGAAUCCCUGCUGAGUGUCUCAUCUCUCUGAGCAAGUCAUGGGUGCCACAGGUACUCCUACCUGUGUGCCUCCUCUCCAUAGAGGCUGGAGGUGGACAGCAGAUCCUUCACUCAGCACUUGUCAAGGAUCUCUGCUUCCUUCGUUGAUGCAGCUGCUGCAUGUUAUUUCAGGGAGGGAAGACUGGACCUGGCAAGGAGCAGGGACCAGGAAAAGACAGUGCUAUUCUGCCAUUGUUGCUUUCACCUGCUCUUCUGGGAGCUCAGCUCCUACCCUUCUAGGGAGACUUGGAUAUAAGGAUCAGAGAGCCAAAUGUUUCUUUGUAAGGAAAAAAAAAAUUCCCUUCUGCAGAACCCAAGGCUGCCCUGCUAAUACAGAAGUUCCUCUUCUCUGUGUUACAGAACCAAGUGGAAGGGGCAGGAAUGUGGGGCCAGGCCUGCCCAAUGGGAACGAAAAUUACUCCAACGGUUUCUUUACAAUAUGUACAGAGCACGCUGUAAGCCAGCGCCACAGUUACAAAACACAUAACAAUAUUUAAAAACAAACAGGAACAGAGAUGGGCCCUUGGCUCCACCCCAUAGGAGUCUGGGAGGGUACAAUCAGGCUGAAAUUCAGAGUCAUCCUCUUGGUGGGGGUGACUCAGGUUAGGUGGGGUGAAGGUGUCCAAACCAACUACUUCCAAGGAUGAAAGGGAAGUCACUGCCCAGAGCCCUGCCCUCUGGGUUUAGCAGGAGGCAGAGGGAAUGAUGGGGAAAAGGGAGGCUGCCUGGGGGCCUGCAAAGUGGUCUAAAACAGUGGGUUUUGGGAAGGAUUCAACCCAACUUGAACAAAAACAACUGACAUGAAAGCCUAGAGGAGAGGUCUAUAGGUGAAAGGGGCUCCUCUUGGGCAAACGACCCUAAGCCAGGGCUCUUGGAAAGCAGCCUCUGCUGGGCAUUGUGCUUAUUGUCUUCCACCCCCAUGCCCCAAAUGGAGUCCGAGCCAAGUCCUUGCUCUUAAAUGGUCACUUUGGCACUCUGGUCACAAAUACCCUUCUCUAGCCUUAGGCUGGUGUAUGUCAGUCUUUCUCAAUCCAGAAGGUCAAGGAAAGAUAGCCAAGGAGCACAAAGGGAUGAUAACCUCAAAAGCAAAAUAAGAGCUAAAGCUCCUCAUACCUUGGGGAAGAAGUGACUCCAAUAAAGCUACCAAAUCAUGGUCACUUUCCCAGGGCAAAGAGCAUAAAGCUGGGCUGGUAGACUGCAUUUCUAAGGAGAGCAGAGAAAUGUCUGCUGCCUCAUAGCACAGCUCCACUGAGUACACUCUGGCUCUGAGGAGUAAUGGCUUGGAUGUGUUAUCUCAGGGUCUAAGGAACCCGUAACUUUCCAUGGCCAGUGGCCCCUAAAACAAAAACGUGUGUUAACAAAGAAACACAGCUGAUAUUGGCACACUUGGGGUUAUAGAUUGAGCUAUAUAAAAUCAUGUACUUGUAUACAGAGGAACUGGGCUGUAUAUAUUUGUGGCCCUAAAUGAGGAGGAUACUCAGAUGGCUGAAUGGACAGGACACCUCUAAGAACUGCUGGGUGCUCCUAGGGCCUCCCUCCUGGGCCUUGCCCGAAGGUGACCUGGCAGACUCCAAAGCUCCCCAUGCUGGGGGGAAUACUAUUUUACCUGCCUGAGUCUUAAGAGCCAAGCAGUGGAAAAGAGAAGGAGAGAUCAGCAUGGGGAUCCCCCUGGGAAAGGCACCAAGGGGUAAGGAGGAGAGAGAGAAAAGGGCAAGGAGUUGGGGGCUUAGAAGCAGCAGGACUUAGUGGGGAUGCAGGUUCUUUUUCACAGACUCCAUUCAUGCUCCAGCUCACUCCCAAGUAUCCCCAGGGAGCCCUGUGCUGGUGUUGGGACCUCAGCCCUCUGCCUGACAGGUAUCCCAGGGCCAUGGUGAGGCAAAUGCCUUGGUCUUCCUUUCCAGGCUAGGCUCUGAGCAUUUAUAUGUGCUCACAUGAGAGGGGAGAAGUCUUCAUGGGUGAAGACUUUGUUUUCACAAGUACAGAGAAAACAGCCCCCAAUUUCUUUCCUGAGAUUCUAAUUCCUCCACAUGCUGCCAGUUCCCAGGGCCCAAACUGCUGGGGAGAUGCAGGAUCUGGUGAUUGUGGUAAUGACAGUGACAGGGGUAUGGCUGCUGUGCUGUCUUCAGACCUUACCCAGUACUUGUGAGUCCCUCCCUGGGGGUGGGGGCUGGCACUGCUCUGGCAGCUGACCAGGGGCUUGGGGAAUGGAGCAGUUACUUCUCUGGGCUGAGGCCAUGUUCCCCUGGUUGCUCCCCGUGCCUUCAUCUCCACAGAGGCCACAACAGUCUCAACUGUGGCCAAGAGAAUAAAUAUUUUUGCUAAGUACCAGCUCUCCAGCUCCUGAGGAAGAGGGAGGGUUGGGGAGUCCAGGGAUCUGGUGGAGGUGAGAUAGCCAAGGGUCUGCCUUCGGUCAUGGUGGGAACGGCAAACAGGAUGAUCAACACCAUUUAACUGAUGUCUAAAUGGCACCUCCAGCACCUCCUUGGGCGAGCCAGUCCGGGCCCGUGAAGCUGACUUUAUCCGGGCACUUGGUGUUCUGCAAGGGAAACAUGGACAGAUAACCAGGCACUCAGCCUUUUGGUGUAACAACCACAAGGUGGCGCUCCGAGAAAACGAACUGCAGGGAGGCCACUCCUGGCCCCAAGGGACACCUGUGUUCCACAGCGCUCCUCAGACGCACAUGGCUUAAUGGGAGGCUUGUACAAGAGGCCUGGCCGGCGGUCCACCAUUUCCAGACCACUGACCCCACAUGGCUUUCCCUCACUUAGGCUCCACAGGGAUUCUGUGAUACCUAUCAACUAUCCCUGUUCUAGGUGUUUGUCCCCAGUUAAAAAGUGACUUACCAUUCUCACCUCCGUGGGGGUGGGUAGAGUGAGGGAGUGGAGCCUUGCUGGCUGGCAACAAUGGCUGUAGAAGAAAGCCCUGAGUGAGAGAGGACGGCAUGUUUAGUGUAACUCUCCGAGAACUCUCUGAUUAAACACUUUCUCUUUAUUAGAUGGGAGGGUAUUGGGAGGAGUUUCUCCUUAAAUUCCUGGCUCCACUGAGUUUUGGGGUGCUGACAGAAUAAAAUCUGAUACUUGGCCAGAGAGAGUGGCUGCGGAUAGUAUAGUAAAGCUCUAUUUUUCAGCUGCUUCUCUCUGGCUGUGGGAACACCUGGUCCUUAUUCUUCUGAAUAUCAAAGCCAAUUUUCUAGAGUAGUUUGAGAGUCCCUAAGCUCCAAGGGAAGAAAUAUCUGUCAUAUGCUUUAAUGACUGUCUGAAGAAGGCUAAGAUCCUGGGCAGAUUAGAAGCUCAACAAGAGACAAAAAAAAAAAAAAGGAUUCUUGCUGGGGGUCCUGUGCUGUGGGCAAUGCUACUAUGCUACUGGGACGGAGUCAAAAAGAUAGGUGGUGGUGGGGUGGCACCUGGCUGGCUUAGUCAGUAGAGCAUGAGACUCCUGAUCUUCAGGUUGUGAGUUCAAGUCCCAUGUUGGGUGUAGCGACUACUUAAAAAAAAAAAAAAAAGAAAA